GGCUCGUUAAACUAGCUAUGUUCCUGGAACUGUCACACGUCUUCACACUGUAAAUUCAGAGCUCUGUUGUGUGACACUCCGAGGACACCGUUAGUGACAGCAGACCCCUUUCUAAUGAGGCAUGUUAAGAUUUGUUUACACAGGCAAGACAAGCUGUUUAGGACCCAUAUUUUAGACCAAUACGAGGCUUCAGAUAGUUAGCCAUGUCGUAAUCUGGACUCGGGGUGCUGGAGGCAUAGGAAUUCAUCGUAACUCGAGGAUGGACGACAGGAGUCUAGCACUUGUGGCUCUUUACAUUGGACUAAAUAUUUGCACUGCCACAGAAUUCUCCCUCAGCCCUAGCCAGCCUCAGUGUGUCUUUAUUGCGUACUCCAACGUGACCUGCUACUGGACACCUGGACAAGGCUCUCCCUCAGACACGCGCUUCACACUGCAGGUCAACAUAACCGGAUGCGAUGACCCUGUGAUCCAUCAGUCCCAACUGUGUCAGACUAUUACCCAGACCCACUGCUCUGUGAACGUGACCUAUCUGAGCCGCUGCUACUGCAUCAGGGUCCUGGCCGACAGCCCUCACACAACAGCAAGCUCACCCAGCCUCUGCCUCAAUGCCAUAGACGCAGUGAAGCUGCCCACCCCUGUCCUCUCCAAUGUGUCAGCAGUGAGAGGCAAACCCAGAUGCCUGAAGCUGCAGUGGACUACCAAUACCAGCUUCCCGGUGACCAGAAAACAUAUCUCGAAUGGUGCUCUGCUCUUCCAGGUGCAGUACAGCACAGAGGAGCAGCCUGAGCCCAAGACAGUGAAGGUGGACCUGAGACCUGAGAGAGAGCACGGUCUCUUCUCUGCCUCCACGUGUCUCUUCUCCGCCUCCACUCUAUAUACACUGAUGAUGCGUUACCGAUACAAUAGUACCCUCAGCCACUGGAGCGACUGGAGCCCAACACAACAGCAGUGUACAGAGGUGGCAGCACCCUCUACUGUCCCUCAGCUAUGGAGGACCGUUCAGCCUGUAGGUGGAGCAGACAUGAGACGAGUGACUCUGCUGUGGAAGUCCCCACCCAGGAGUCAAGUGAAAUGCUCAGUCCCAUGGUUUAACAUAUCCUGCUGUACUGAGGGUUCCCAGAAUGCACUGCAUACAUGGGACUGCAAUGCCCUGAGUGUGUCCGACACUUCCUGUCAUCUGACCCUUCCCCCUGAGCGCUGCUCCUGCACACUGAGCAUGUCCAACCCUGCCGGCAUCUCUCCUCCAGCUACCAUCACAAUUCCCAGCACCACGGACACAGCACCCAAGGCUCUGGUGGAUGUCAGUGUCACAGCAUUGGAUGAUUCCAGACUGGAGGUACGAUGGACAGCUCUAGAGUCCCCAUCACUAAGCAGCUUCCUGGUGGAGUGGUGGGCUUUAUCUGAGACAGCUAGCUAUACUCCAUACUGGCAAAGACUGAGCCACAAUGCAAGCAAAAUUAUAAUCACAGAGGGCGUGUGGCCGAAACUGUGCUACAAAGUGACUGUGAGGCCUGAGUAUGAUGCAGAGACUGGGGAGGAGCUGUCAGUAGAAGCCUACACCAGGCAAGAAGCCCCCUCUGCUGGCCCCAAGCCAGUGGUGCAGGAGCUGAGCAGCAGUGCUGUUGUCCUGCAGUGGGAGCCUGUUCCUCUGGAGCAGAGGCAUGGCUUCAUCCGCUACUACACCCUCUACAUCCAGAGUGAAGAAGAAACUCCAGAGGUUGUAGUGGUGCCAGGAGACAGCCUGAGGUACCAGUUAAGUGGUUUGUCUGGACUGUACAGGAUCCACAUGGUGGCUCACACUGAUGCAGGAGGGAGUCCUCCUGGUCCAAUGCUUGAUGUGGUUGUAGGGGGCGUUGUUUUGGUGGACACCAUCCUGUGGUGUUCCAUUCCUACUGUGCUCACCGUCCUGAUACUGCUGAACUGCCUACAGUGGAGACAGAGGAUAAAGCAGAAUCUCUGGCCUACAGUCCCUGACCCUGCACAUAGUAGCUUGUCCAACUGGAACACAGAGACCAAAUACACCACAGUUGUUUUCACUGGGGGGUGAGUACUUUUAUGAUCCUUCCCAUCCGGAA